UCUCUCUCUCUCUCUCGCUCGCUCGCUCGCUCGGGUCGCCUGUCUCCUUUUUGUAGUUUGGACUGCGACUAAUUUCGCGAGGAUCAUGGGGGAAUUUUUUUGAUCUCCAGAUCUUCGAUUCCUCUCUCUCGCCUCUCUUUGUUUAGCGAUUCCUCGAUCCGAUCCAUGUGCUGCAGGAGCCGAUCGUCGAGCGUCGCUCCGAGAACGGAUUAGGGUUUGGAUCCGUCGAGUCGGUGGAGAUCUUGAUCUUUUAGGGCUGAGGUUGUCUCUGGCGGCGGUAAAAUUGGUGCAGAUCGAGGCGGAUGGCUGUUGUUUUGGUGUGGCCUUCACUGAAGAGUGGUAGUACUUCUUUGGUUGGAUUCUUUUGAUUACUGGGAGAUUCGGUGGCCCGGUGCUUGCGGCUUCCGAUUCCGUGGAAUGUAGGUGUCUAGGAUCUGAAAUGGUCGGGGGUUUUAGACGCUGAUCGAGUGAAUUCUAUAGUUUUCUUCUGGCGGUGGGUGUAGAUAUCUAGCGGAUUAGAUUGUUUCGGUUCCGUUUAAUCUGUAGGAGAGAAUUGCAAGGCAGAUCGCUGGUAAGGAAGGGUCUUUUUUGUGUAAGCCUAGAGAUAUACAGGAUUUGCUAUUGCUUGAUUCUUGCGGUAGUAGUUUUUGUUGGAUUACAUUCAUUGAUGGGGCACGUUAUUGGCGGAAAGUUUAAGCUGGGCAAAAAGAUUGGAUGCGGAUCUUUCGGAGAGCUUUAUCUUGGUGUUAAUAUACAAAGUGGAGAGGAAGUAGCAAUAAAGUUGGAGUCUGUGAAAUCCAAGCACCCCCAACUUCAUUAUGAGUCAAAGUUGUAUAUGCUUCUUCAGGGAGGAACUGGAAUUCCACACCUAAAGUGGUUUUGUGUGGAAGGAGAUUACAAUGUCAUGGUCAUCGAUCUUCUCGGGCCUAGCCUUGAAGACUUGUUCAACUACUGUACUCGGAGGUUCUCACUGAAAACAGUGCUAAUGCUUGCUGAUCAGAUGAUAAACCGAGUCGAGUAUAUGCACUCAAGGGGUUUUCUUCACCGUGACAUAAAGCCAGAUAACUUUCUUAUGGGCCUUGGACGCAAGGCAAAUCAGGUUUACAUCAUUGACUAUGGCCUUGCAAAGAAAUAUAGGGAUCUUCAAACUCAUACACACAUACCAUACAGGGAGAAUAAGAACCUGACUGGAACAGCACGUUAUGCAAGUGUUAAUACACAUCUUGGUGUUGAGCAAAGCCGGAGAGAUGAUUUAGAAUCUCUUGGUUAUGUACUUAUGUAUUUUCUAAGAGGAAGCCUUCCAUGGCAAGGACUAAAAGCUGGCAAUAAAAAGCAGAAGUAUGAUAAAAUUAGUGAAAAGAAAAUGCUUACUCCUGUAGAGGCACUUUGCAGAUCAUAUCCAUCAGAAUUUAUAUCUUACUUCCACUAUUGUCGUUCCUUGCGGUUUGAGGACAAGCCAGAUUAUUCUUACUUGAAGCGGCUAUUUCGUGAUCUAUUUAUUCGGGAAGGGUAUCAGUUUGAUUAUGUUUUUGACUGGACUAUUUUGAAGUAUCCCCAGAUUGGUGCUAAUCCUCGAGUACGGCAACCAAGUGGAAGAACAAAUGGAACUAUUGGUCAGUCUUUGGAAAGGGCAGAAGGAACUUCAGCGGGGCAAGAGGUUCGGGAUAGGUUCUCAGGUGCGGUUGAGGCAUUUGCCAGAAGGAAUGCCUCAAAUUAUGGUCAUCAUGGUGAACACUCCAAACACAAAAUAUCGGAUGAUGCUCAUAUAACACACAAGGAAGCUACGGAACCAGAGAAACUCCGUACAAAGUCUCGCAGUGGGAGCACAUCCAAGAGGGCUAUUUUCUCAAGCAGCCGGCCGAGUUCCUCCGUCGAGCCUAAUGAGACUCAACACGGCAGAACAAGCAGGAUAUUUUCUAGUGGCAGCCGCCCUUCCAGUGCCCAAAGGGUGCAUCAGCCGGUUGCUGAUUCCAGGUCUUCAUCCGUCUACAGAUCCGCAGCUGUCCGAGGAUCAUCCCGGAACGAACCUCUUCUUCGAAGCUUGGAACACCUCUCUCUUGGUGCAGAAAAGAGAAAGUAAGACACGCCCAUUAUAUGUUCCUCUUUCGAGGGCCAUUAUCCUGAUUAACCCUUGUAUCAGUAUGUCAUACCUAAUCAUGCUACAAUAUGGCCUGAUGGGUCAUAGGAUGAGCUUCUAAGGCCUAACUUUUCAACUUUUACAUUCAAUAACCGAAGUCAAAAAGCUGCCUAAGACUUGCCAUAUCACCAAUCUCAAACCUUCAAGAACUGCCAUCGCCCGGCAACGCUUUUCACGGUGGUAAUAAUAACGUUGUAUAGAUCCAUCUCUUUGGUGAAAACAUUUCUUGGUGCUC